GGGGCGGAGGGUCCGCCGCAGAGGCAGGUGCUUCCCCCGACCUGUCGCGUAGGCAGGGCUCGGCGUGCGGCCUCACCUGGAAUCGAAUCAGAGUUGGCCCGGAGCCCUUCCUGAGGAUGCUGAAGCAAUACUUUCUUUGGACUCUGAUUUUCUUCUCAAGUGGAACCAAGAAGAGAACUAAUAAAUACGUUGAAUUCUAAAAAAAGCCAUGGCCCAUGGGUUGGUGAUGUUCAAAGAUGUGGCUAUAGAUGUGUCUCAGGAGGAAUGGGAACGCCUGAACCCUGCGCAGAGGAAUUUGUACAAAGAUGUGAUGUUGGAGAACUAUAGCAACUUGGUUUCACUGGGACUUUCUGUUUCUAAGCCGGCUGUGAUCUCCUUGUUGGAGCAAGGGAAGGAGCCCUGGCUGGUGGUGAGGGAAGGGACAGGAGGACGGUGCCCAGACUUGGUGUCCAGGUGUAAGCCCAAGAAGUUAUCUCCAAAAAGAGACAUUUACGAGACAGACUCAUCCCAAUGGGCUAUCAUGGAACAAUUUAAAAGCCAUAAUCCUGAGAAAUCCAUUUUCAGAGAUAUUUGGGAAUGCAGAAUUCAGUUUGAGAGACAACAGGAACAACAGGAAGGCUAUUUCAGGCAGUUUAUUAUCAACCGAGAACACAUGCCCAUUUUUAGCCAACAUACUUUACUCACUCAGGAAUUUUAUAAGAGAGAGAAAAUCUUUGAAUGUAAAGAAUGUAGAAAAAACUGUGGUUACCAUUUAUUCUUUAGUCAUCACAAAAGAACUCAUUCUAAAGAAAAACUUUCUGAAUGUAAGGAAUGUGCAGAAACUGUUAAUACAUCAUACCUUACUAAACAACAGCGAAUUCAAAAUAGUAACAAAUACAAUGAAUGUAAGGGAUGCUGGAAGGCCUUUAUUCCUCGCUCACAAUUUAAACAACAUCUGAGAAUUCCUAACAGUGGAAAACGGUAUGAAUGUAAAGAAUGUGGGAAGGCCUUUAAUUAUGGCUCAGAACUUAUUCUACAUCAGAGAAUUCACACUGGUGAGAAACCCUAUGAAUGUAAGGAAUGCGGGAAGGCCUUUAGGCAGCGAUCACAACUUACUCAACAUCAGAGACUUCAUACUGGUGAAAAACCCUAUGAAUGUAAGCAAUGUGGGAAGGCUUUUAUUCGUGGCUUUCAACUUACUGAACAUCUGCGACUCCAUACUGGAGAGAAACCCUAUGAAUGUAAAGAAUGUGGAAAGACUUUUAGGCAUCGCUCACACCUUACCAUACAUCAGAGAAUUCAUACUGGUGAGAAACCCUAUGAAUGUAGAGAAUGUGGAAAAGCCUUUAGUUAUCACUCAAGCUUCUCUCACCAUCAGAAAAUUCAUUCUGGCAAAAAACCUUAUGAAUGUAGUGAAUGUGGGAAGGCCUUUUGUGAUGGCUUACAACUUACCCUGCAUCAGAGGAUUCAUACUGGUGAGAAACCCUAUGGGUGUAAGGAGUGCGGUAAGACUUUUAGACAGUGCUCACACCUCAAAAGACACCAGAGAAUUCACACUGGUGAGAAACCUCAUGAAUGUAUGAUAUGUGGUAAAGCCUUUAGACUUCAUUCACACCUUAUUCAACAUCAAAGAAUUCAUACUGGUGAGAAGCCAUAUGAAUGUAAGGAAUGUGGGAAGGCCUUUAGCUAUCAUUCAAGCUUCUCACACCAUCAGAGAAUUCAUUCUGGGAAGAAAACUUAUGAAUGUAGGAAGGCCUUUCACCAUGGUUUACAAUUUAAUCUACAUCAGACACUUCAUACUGUUGAGACGCCAGUAAGGUUUCCUCUCCUCUCCCCCCAUCCUGGUCUAGCAUCAUGAAAUUAUUUUUGGAGA